UCGUUUAGAGUGAUUACGGUAAAAGCAACAACGCGGCUCUAGAGUUAAAGAGGCCGAACAUCCAUUGACAGCAGGACUCAAAUCUACUGUAACUCUACGAGGGUUCAAGAGUGUGCAGUAAGGAAGCGUGUUUUUAGUUAUGACGAACCCUUAUGCACACACUAUUGAGCCUCUGGACCCCCAGAAGCCUGACCACAAGUUUUUCAACCUUAACAAACUUAAAGACCCCAGAUAUGGCCAACUUCCCUUCUCCAUCCGUGUGCUGUUGGAGUCAGCAGUGAGGAACUGUGAUGGGUUCCUGGUGAAGGAGGAGGAUGUGGAGAAAAUCCUCAACUGGAAGGUGACGCAGAGUCAGACUGUGGAGGUGCCUUUCAGACCGGCCCGCGUCAUCUUGCAAGACUUCACGGGGGUUCCUGCGGUGGUCGACUUUGCAGCCAUGCGUGACGCAGUGAAAAAAUUACAGGGCGACCCUGAGAAGAUUAAUCCAGUUUGUCCAGCAGACCUGGUCAUAGAUCAUUCCAUUCAGGUUGACUUCAACAGGAAGUCGGAUAGCGUUCAGAAAAACCAGGACCUUGAAUUUGAAAGGAACAAGGAACGAUUUGAGUUUUUAAAGUGGGGUUCUAAAGCAUUCCGGAACAUGCGGAUCAUUCCUCCGGGUUCAGGGAUAGUCCAUCAGGUCAAUCUGGAGUACCUGGCCAGGGUUGUGUUUGACCAGGAUGGUUUCUUCUACCCGGACAGUCUGGUGGGAACGGACUCGCACACAACCAUGAUCGAUGGGUUGGGAGUGCUGGGAUGGGGUGUGGGGGGGAUUGAAGCAGAGGCGGUCAUGUUGGGUCAACCCAUCAGCAUGGUGCUGCCAGAGGUCAUUGGCUACAAACUACAGGGGACACCCAACAAAUUUAUCACCUCCACUGACAUAGUGCUGACUGUCACCAAGCAUUUGCGGCAAGUUGGUGUGGUUGGAAAAUUUGUGGAGUUCUUUGGCCCUGGUGUUGCCCAUCUGUCUAUCGCUGACCGUGCCACCAUCGCCAACAUGUGCCCUGAGUAUGGAGCCACCGCUGCCUUCUUCCCUGUUGACCACAUCAGCAUUCAAUAUCUGAUACAGACGGGGAGGGACAUGGAGAAUCUAAGUUACAUAGAAAAGUAUCUGAGAGCGGUGGGCAUGUUCAGAGACUACAGCAACACUUCUCAAGAUCCACAGUUCACUCAGGUUGUUGAGUUGGACCUCAGCACGGUUGUCCCCUGCUGCAGUGGUCCUAAACGCCCACAUGACAAAGUGGCUGUAUCAGACAUGAAGCAGGACUUUGAAACGUGUUUAGCAGCCAAGCAAGGCUUUAAAGGAUUCCAGGUGGCUCCCGAGCGCCAUGAUGUUCGAGUACCAUUCCAGUUUAACGGUGCAGAGUAUUCACUCUCUCACGGAUCUGUGGUCAUCGCAGCCAUUACCAGCUGUACCAACACCAGUAACCCCUCAGUCAUGCUGGGAGCAGGUCUCUUGGCUCAGAAGGCUGUACAGUGUGGUCUCAGUGUCAAGCCGUACAUCAAGACUAGUCUGUCUCCAGGGAGUGGAGUGGUCACCUACUACCUUAAAGAGAGUGGAGUCAUGGACUUCCUCACUCAGUUAGGGUUUGAGGUUGUUGGUUAUGGCUGCAUGACCUGCAUUGGAAACAGUGGACCCCUUCCAGAGACGGUUGUAGAGGCGAUUACUCAGGGUGAUUUGGUGGCUGCUGGUGUCCUGUCUGGAAACAGAAACUUUGAGGGUCGUGUCCAUCCCAACACACGUGCCAAUUAUUUAGCCUCUCCUCCUUUGGUCAUUGCCUAUGCUAUUGCAGGAACAGUGAGGAUAGAUUUCGAAAAAGAGCCUUUAGCUGUGAACUCUGAGGGAAAAGAGAUUUUCCUAAGGGACAUCUGGCCCACACGAGAGGAAAUCCAGGUGGUGGAGAGACAGUUUGUCAUUCCUGCCAUGUUUAAAGAGGUCUAUGAGAAAAUUGAGAAAGUGAAUGAACGCUGGAACUCAUUGAAAGCCUCCUCUGACAAACUGUAUUCCUGGGACUCCAGUUCCACUUACAUAAAAUCCCCACCUUUCUUUGACGGGCUGACCCGGGAUCUCCAGACUCCAAAGCCCAUAACAGAUGCAUAUGUACUGCUCAAUUUGGGAGAUUCUGUGACCACAGACCACAUCUCGCCUGCUGGUAACAUUGCACGCAACAGCCCUGCUGCACGCUACCUGACUAAACAUGGACUUACUGCAAGAGAGUUUAACUCAUACGGCUCUCGUCGAGGCAACGACGCAGUCAUGGCUCGAGGCACGUUUGCCAACAUCCGCCUUUUUAACAAGUUUAUAAACAAGCAAGCUCCAAGCACCAUUUAUCUUCCUACAGGAGAGACGAUGGAUGUGUUUGAUGCUGCAGAAAAAUAUCAGCAGGCUGGUCAUCCUCUCUUGAUUCUGGCAGGCAAAGAGUAUGGAUCAGGAAGCUCUAGAGAUUGGGCUGCUAAAGGACCCUUCCUCCUGGGCAUCAAAGCUGUACUAGCAGAGAGUUACGAGCGGAUUCAUCGCAGUAAUCUGGUGGGCAUGGGCAUCAUUCCUCUAGAGUACCUGCCGGGUGACACCGCUGAAAGCCUCGGGCUUACUGGCCGCGAGCGAUACACUGUGAUGAUUCCCCCGCAGCUCACUCCCAGAAUGACUGUGGACAUCAAGCUGGACACAGGGAAAACAUUUCAAGCUAAGAUGAGGUUUGACACGGAUGUGGAGCUCACUUACUUCCAUCAUGGUGGCAUCCUCAACUACAUGAUUCGCAAGAUGUCUGAAAAUUAAGAUGGAAAGGACGCCCUCUACAGAACAUUCCACUCUAAACGCACAUAUCCUCCAUCUACAUGUUUUGUCCUGACAGUGUUUCUGUUUGUAUUCCUUAAGAACCAAUUCAUUUGUUGUUUACAGUAAUGUUUGCUGUCAACAUCAAAAUAGUUUGUCUAAUGUUGUGUGAUACAGGUUUACUUCUCUUCAGUCUCUCUGACAGGCACUGUUUUUGAUUCUGAUGUUGUGCAGAUGAUGAUUAUAUUGGUUUGGUGGAGGCUCAAUGGGAUUGAAGGGGAAGUAUGAAAGAUGAAUGCUUUGAACUUUUCCCAUUCUAACCCUAACUCGGCACUGCCAAACUGAAGUUGCAUUCUCACUUUACUGUUUAGAUGACAUCAAAGUUUAAAUGAUUAACCUUUUAAUCUUAUUAAUUACUCAAAACUAAAAACUUUGACGCACAUUCUUUACAGGUUAUCUGCUUAUAUAAUGUGUGCUUUUUGUUAAUUAUAAUAGUCAAAAACUGUGCACAUUGAUUAUGAUUACCAAUGAUUCCAUUUCGUUGAAUAUUUUUCUUUUUGAAGUCACAAAAUGGUUAUGUAUUACCUAUACAUAUUAGGUAUUCAAAAUGUACUAUAAGGCAUUAUAUAUUUUCAGAAAUCAUUGUUACCGAAGUUAAAAUGCAUAUUUACAGAUUCCUUGUUACAUCUGAAAUUGGUUCAUUGUCAUGCGUUUUAAUGCAUUAUACUUUCUGAAGGUGUAACAAUGAAUCGAUAAGUAUUAUAACUGAUUACAAUUACUCGUGCAUCACAAGGCAUAAUUAAUACAUUAAAAUGCUUUUAUAAUGCAUGAUAUGAAGGCUUUAAAUGUUUUGCUCUCUGCGAACAAAUAUUGCAUCAGAUAAAUUAAUUUAUCAACUGUUGAAUAUGAACUAGCCUAUCAUACUCUACAUUUGAAAGUGCCUAUUUUUUUUUUCUCAGAUUGAGUGUAAUCACUUUUUGAAUCACUUGUGCGCCUAUUAUCCGGUCUUUAUUAUUUGUGUUACUAAACGCAAAGUUACUUAAGAAAAAUCCAUCCGAAGUCCAUUUCACAACUUUCUUGCUGCUUGUCUGUAAAAUGUUAUGAAGCGGCGCUUGGAAUCAGACGUGGGUUUGCAAAAUGAGAGACAGAACUUAUUCAGAUAAAUUGCCAUGACCGGUGAAAGGGAGGCACGUGUCGUGUUUUCAAUGGCAUCCACUAUAAGCUGUAUAUAAAGCUCACUACACUUAUAAUAUUCCAGAGCUCACAUUGUCUGAGUGUUUUUGUCUACUGAAAUUACUUUUUUGUAGAGUUUCAUCAGCAGAACAAUCCACUAAAGAGAUGUACUUCUAUCCCUCACAGCCUCGCUUUCAUAACCGUUAAAAAUCAAAGAUGGCGCUGUGAAAAAGGUCUCGUCGACUCAACAAAUUCUCUCUGUUGAAUUGUGAAAACUUUACUUACUGUUUGUUAAAGCACAUAGAGGGUAAAACCUGGCAAUUCUGAACCCUGCUUUAGAGCAAAAUACUAUUAUAAUAUUUAGUAGGCUUCAGAAAAAAGACAGGUGCUCUAUAAUACAGGUUUUGUAGUUUCAAGCCCAGACUGCCACAGUUUUGCUCUACUUCAGCAGUCAAAUUGAUUGACCUCUAUUUUAAUAACAGAACAUUUACAUGUAGUUUUUUUUGUGUAAACUGGCUUUAUGAAAAUAAACCAUUAAUGG